AUGGGUUUGAGUUGUGUGUCUCUACUGUUUAAUAGGAUCUCAUUUGGUGUUGUUGUAGAACACACAGAGGCAAUUUUUUCAGGAACUAUCAGCAACAGUACAGAGCUUCUGUUGGAGCGAAGACUGGAUCAUGAGGGAAAUUGUCAACACGGUAGUGCUACAGUGCUUGGUCAUAGGGUAGUGGUGUUGGCAUGGAUUCCAACUGUGGCAUCAUCGGUGUUGCACAUGCCAAGGUUGAAUAGUUCAAGUGUGGUGACAUCCGAAUUGAUGACUGUCAUGCGAUGUUUGACAAUGAGAAAAGAUCAGAGUCUCCAAGAAAUCAUCAACGCUCGUUCCAUAGAGCCAUCAUCUCAUCAAGACAUCAAGAGAAUCAACCAGCUACCACCACCAGACGAGCUGCAAGCUCUUACCAAAGCAAUAUCCCACCUUCACACAGCACUUAACAAAUACAUCACAACAGUUGAAGAAGACGAAGAAAUCCUUCUGGAAAAGAGUGAGGCCCUUACGUUAGUUGUACGUAAUAUUGUCAUCUUACAUAAAGAAGAGAAGAGAAUAUUACGUCACAACUUGCAUCAUUUAGAGCAACAUAUGAUACGAAUCAAACGCUGGUUUAGUAAUGAAUUAUGAAGUCAUAUUUUUGUAUUUAUUUUAGGUAAUUAAAUAGUUUUAAUAUUGAAGUAAUUUAUGACACAUACAGGGUGUGUGUAUAGCUGAUGGUUUGUGUAGACAUCUGAUUGAAAUGCUGGUAGUGGUUUUUUCAAAAUUAAUGAUAGAAUAUUGAUGUAAUGGGUUUGGACAA